AAGAGUAGGAGUAGUUAAGAAGGGACAAAAAUGAGGCGUUAAAGAGUUUGAGAAGUAAGUAUUAGUCAGGAAUGGGAAGCGCGCUGAAUGCUUAGAAAUUAGUGUGUGAACGGAAUGGGUAUUCAUUCAUGAUCAUGACAAUAGCUUUGCUUACUUUCUAAAUUCUAAUUCUAAUCUUCUGGAAGUGGAUUUCUCAUUCCAAUCCAACUGAAUAUGAAUCAAUUUUAUUUCGUAUUCCCUCCUACCUUAUCUCUCUCUCUCUGAUUCUUAUUCAUUAUUUUAUUUUCUCAUUUAUUUAUUAAUACCAUUCCCUCCAACACUCUUCCCUUCUCAACUCACUUCUCAAUUCUCAAUUCUCAAUUCUCAAUUCUCAAUUCUCAAUUCACUCACUGCGUUUUAUUCCUAAUCUUUCACUCAACAUGGGUUUCUUGAGCAGUCAGGAACGUGAUCAAAAUCAAACCAAUCAACGAAAUGAUCUCGGUGCAGUUUUGAGAGAUGGAAAGGAGAUACUUUUCCAGGCAUUCAACUGGGAGUCUCACAAAUACAAUUGGUGGACAAAUUUAGAAAGCAAAGUUCCGGACAUAGCUAAAGCUGGAAUCACUUCAGCAUGGUUGCCACCGCCAACUAAUUCCUUCUCACCUGAAGGUUACGCUCCACAGAACCUUUACUCUCUGAAUAGUAAAUAUGGUUCUGAGCAUCAGUUAAAAGCUUUACUUCAAAAGUUCAAGCAACACAAAGUCCGAACAAUGGCUGACAUAGUUAUCAAUCAUCGUGUUGGAACCACCCAAGGAAGUGGAGGGAUGUAUAAUCGUUUUGAUGGAAUUCCAUUACCGUGGGAUGAACGUGCUGUAACAUCAUCUACUGGUGGACUGGGUAAUCGAAACACUGGGGCCAUUUUCCAUGGGUUUCCCAAUAUUGACCAUACUCAAGAUUUUGUGAGGAAAGAUAUCAUAGGAUGGCUUCGGUGGCUACGCCAUAAUGUAGGCUUUCAAGAUUUUCGUUUUGAUUUUGCAAAAGGCUAUUCACCAAAAUAUGUGAAAGAAUAUAUUGAAGGAGCAAAGCCAUUGUUCUCUGUUGGUGAAUAUUGGGAUACUUGCAACUACAAGGGUUCUAUUUUGGACUAUAACCAAGAUAGCCAUAGGCAACGAAUACUCAAUUGGAUUGAUGGCACUGGGAUGCUUUCAACCGCAUUUGACUUUACAACAAAGGGAAUUCUCCAGGAAGCUGUCAAGCGAGAAUAUUGGCGUCUGCGUGAUCCUCAAGGGAAGCCACCUGGUGUGAUUGGGUGGUGGCCUUCACGAUCAGUCACAUUUAUCGAUAACCAUGAUACUGGUUCAACUCAGGCUCAUUGGCCCUUCCCCUCUGAACAUGUUAUGGAGGGGUAUGCAUACAUAUUGACUCAUCCUGGGACACCGUCAAUUUUCUAUGAUCACUUUUAUGACUGGAACAACUCAGUCCAUGAGCAGAUUGUGAAGUUGAUUGACACUCGCAAGCGUCAAGGUAUUCAUAGCAGAUCACCUAUUAGGAUUCUGGAGGCAAAGCACAACCUUUACUCAGCAAUCAUCGGGGAGAAACUCUGCAUGAAGAUUGGAGAUGGUUCAUGGUGCCCAUCUGGGAGGGAAUGGACACUAUCAACCAGUGGCCACAAUUAUGCUGUAUGGCAUAAGUAGUGUUUCUGCAGCUUGACCAUUCCUCUCCUCUGGGUGUGUACUGAAAUGAAAAGGAAUUAUGUGCUUCUUAUAUACUAGUAUGCUUUUAAUUCUAAUACUUCAUGAAACUGCAGCUCUUUUUCUUUUUUUUUUUUCUUCCUUCCAUCUAGCAUGCUUCGUGGAAGUCGAUUGUUGUAACAUAUAUUAUUUGCUCGCGCAGCUGCUUUCUGUGUAUCUGUAUUACAUAGCAAUAGCUGCUUUGUUUCUGUGAUGUAACAAUAAAACUGUUCAUUGUACCAUUUUGCAGUACUAUGUGGUGGUCAGUGAACUAACUAUUUAUAAUUAUGAUAUGCCAUUUUUUCUGAA